ACUUCGGGAUUCCGUAGCUGAUGAAAAUAAACAGACAUCACUUUGCUUCUUCCUGAAAAGAAUGUGAGGCCGCGCACUGAAUUGAGUGUCAUCUUGUCUGCCAGUCAGCUAUCCAUGGUCCACACACAACUCUGCCUACGUACUUCCUUUGGUUAACCUGUUUCAAUGCAUCAGUCUGGUGAACAGAGACUUGCAGGUUUGUGUCAAGUUACCGAACACCUUUUCCUCAGCAACGGCAGAGCGGCAAAUGAUAAGGCUGUCAUAUCUCGUUUCAACAUCACCUGCAUCAUCAAUGCCACACAAAACAUCACAAACACUUCCACUGCAGAGGUGGAAUAUGUCCAUAUACCUGUUACAGACUCUCCAUCUUCUCCUCUGAGCGACUUCUUUGACGAGGUAGCAGAUAAAAUCCAACUCGUUGGGGAGCAGUGUGGACACACAUUGGUUCACUGCAAUGCAGGUGUGAGUCGCUCAGCUACGUUAUGCUUGGUGUAUCUAAUGAAGUACCAUGGAAUUACACUUUUGGAGGCCCACAAAAAGGUAAAAUCUUGUCGACCUAUUAUUAGACCAAACAGUGGAUUCUGGAAGCAACUCAUCCAGUAUGAACGCAAGCUCCGUGGUUGUGCCACAGUCACAAUGAUCACGUCCCCCAUGGGUGAAAUACCUGACAUUUAUGAAGAGGAGACCAAAGAUAUGCUUCCUCUUUGACAUGCACUGUUUGUUAAAAUGAUUGUCAACCCCAUUGUAAAAAUGCAUUAAUACUCUUGUUUUAUAUCCAGUAUGUUGAUUUGGAAGUGGUCCUCUCAAAUGUAUUUGUAAACUUUGAUUCAGAAAUAAAAAUUAGUUGUACAAUGUCACUUUACGAUUUACAACUAAACAAAAAAAGGUUUGUCUGUUUUGUAAAGGCUACAACUUCAAGUGUCAUCCAGGGUAAGAAGUGUUCACAUGUAGAAAGGUUUUAUAAAUACAUUCAAAUGACAAUGAAUAUUGUUAAAUACAUUUUAUUCAUUUCAACUCCCACCAAAAAAGAAAAACAUUUGCAUUGUUGUGUGACAGUGACAAAACCACAGCAAGUAUAGUAUAAAAUGUCAUUUCUAAUCUAAUUUAGCUUAAAUUGGUCCAGCAUACAAAAAGGAUCUGUGCAAAAUGAAUACUUCCAUUUGCCAUAUACUCAACUGACUAUUGAAAAGCACAUUGUACAGAAAGAUCUCUAUGAAACAAGGCCCUGGGUAGAAAUAUAGUGAUCAUUUAGGAUGCAGACACAUGAAAAAUAUACACUGGCUCAGUCUUAAAAAUAUUAUCUGAUAUUCUUCAAUCUUCUACAUUCCUUGGAAUGUUAAUCAAUACUCUUAAUUUUGUCAAAACGUCUAUCCUACUGUAACGGAUGUGAAAUGGCUAGCUAGUUAGCGGGUACGCGCUAGUAGCAUUUCAAUCAGUUACGUCACUUGCUCUGAGACUUAAGUAGUGUUGCCCCUUGCUCUGCAAGGGCCGCGGCUUUUGUGGAGCGAUGGGUAACGACGCUUCGUGAGUGUCAGUUGUUGAUGUGUGCAGAGGGUCCCUGGUUCGCGCCCGUGUCGGGGCGAGGGGACGGUUUAAAGUUAUACCGUUACAUUGGUGCCGUGACCCGGAUCACUGGUUGCUGCGGAAAAGGAGGAGGUUGAAAGGGGCGUGAGUGUAACGGAUGUGAAAUGGCUAGCUAGUUAGCGGGUACGCGCUAGUAGCAUUUCAAUCAGUUACAUCACUUGCUCUGAGACUUAAGUAGUGUUGCCCCUUGCUCUGCAAGGGCCGCGGCUUUUGUGGAGCGAUGGGUAAUGACGCUUCGUGGGUGUCAGUUGUUGAUGUGUGCAGAGGGUCCCUGGUUCGCGCCCGUGUCGGGGCGAGGGGACGGUUUAAAGUUAUACUGUUACACUACCUAAAGCCCUCAAAUGACAGCUUUGUUGAGACCAUGAAAAGUUUGGGACAGAUCAGCUAUUUUGGGGUCCCGAGUGGCGCAGCGGUCUAAGGCACUGUAUCUCAGUGCAUGAGGCAUCACUACAGUCACUGGUUCGAAUCCAGGCUGAAUCACAUCUGGCCGUGAUUGGGAGUCCCAUAGUGCGGCGCACAAUUGGCCCAGCGUCGUCCGGGUUUGGCCGGGGUAGGCAGUCAUUGUAAAUAAGAAUUUGUUCUUAACUGACGUGCCUAGUUAAAUAAA